AACGGAUAUUUUAUAUCGCAUCCUCGCCCGCUCUCGAUUGGACGCAGGAAACGCGAUAUUCCCAUUCCCCUCAUUCGUUCGUCUCCCCCUUCCCUCUAAAUACCCCGUCCGACCCUAUCGUCCUCCGCUGCUGCUUUCACUUCCUCUCUCCCUCUUUUCUUCCACUCUGCUGCUUCGUGUUUGAAGGACGGCGCCGGAGAGAUGGGAGAGUGCGGGGUGCCGCCGUCGCAGCGGGGGCAGCCGGCGACGUUCCGUGACGGCGCCGCAACCGACCGCCGGUUCGUGAAGCACGUCUUUGAUAACGUCCACGGAAGCAUCACUCUCGAUCCGCUGAGCUUGAAGUUUAUGGACACUGAACAGUUUCAGAGAUGCAGGUUGCGGGACCUAAAGCAGCUGGGUCUUACAUGCAUGGUCUAUCCAGGAGCUGUACACACUCGAUUUGAGCAUUCCCUGGGUGUUUAUUGGCUUGCUGGGGAGGCAGUUCGUUGUCUUCAAACGUACCAAGGAUCAGAGAUCGACAUCGACUGCUAUGAUGCUCAGACAGUUAAACUUGCAGGACUCUUGCAUGAUAUAGGCCAUGGACCUUUCAGCCACAUGUUUGAGCAUGAGUUUCUUCCUCAAGUCCUUCCUGGAUCAAAAUGGUCUCAUGAGCAGAUGUCAGUGCAGUUGGUGGACUACAUGGUUGAUCAGAACCAUAUUGACAUUGAUUCUGAUCGCCUUAGAAAAGUUAAAGAUAUGAUAAUUGCUAGUUCAAAGUUCGCUGUGAAAAAGAGUUCAGAAGAGAAGCAUUUUCUGUAUGACAUUGUUGCUAAUGGUCGCAAUGGAAUUGACGUGGACAAGUUUGAUUAUAUUGGCCGUGAUUGCAGAGCUUGUGGUCUUGGCUGCAACUUCCAGUUUCAAAGGCUUUUGGAAGGCAUGCGUGUCAUGGAUGAUGAAAUAUGCUACCCAGCUAAAGAAUAUCUCAAUAUUCACAAAUUAUUUGCAACACGUGCUGACCUUCACCGGACUGUGUAUACACAUGCAAAAGUAAAGGCCAUCGAGCUAAUGGUUGUGGAUGCACUUGUAAAAGCCGAUGAUUACCUCAAAAUAUCCUUGUAUCCCUUUGACCCAGCUCAAUUCUGGAAGUUGGAUGAUACAAUAUUGAAAACCAUUGAAUUUGCUGACAGCAAAAAGCUGAAAGAAUCUAGAAAUAUCAUCCAACGUAUUCGCCGGAGGGAUUUAUACCAGUUCUGCAAUGAAUAUGCUGUUCCAAAAGAUAAACUAGAGCAUUUCAAGGAUGUCACUCCACAGGACAUUGUAUGCUCGCAGAAAGCUAACGGAGUGCAACUGAAGGAAGAAGAUAUUGCUGUGAGCAAUGUUAAGAUUGAUUUGACUCGUGGGAAGCAUAACCCUCUUGAGAGCAUCAGUUUCUUCAAGGAUUAUCACUGUGUGAAGAAAUUUAGCAUUACGGAAGAUCGCAUCAGCCACCUGCUGCCCGCCACUUGUCAAGAUAGAAUUGUGAGGGUUUAUGCCAAGAAACCAGAAUUGGUAGAGGCAGUAUCCGAGGCUUUUGAGAACUUCCAACUGAAGAUAUAUGGUGUCAAAACCCAAGUGCAUGAGACACCAGAGGCGAAGAAACAACGGCGGUAAAGACUUAAAAGUAGUGCAUGAUACACCAGAGACGCAGAAACAACGGUGGUAAAGACUUAAAAAGUUUCUCCUUUUUGUGUUUUGCAUUCUACAGUCCCUGGUUCUUUCUUCUAUCACAGUCCACAAAGGUACGUUACGAUAAAAGGAAUUACUACUAAAAUGUGUCGUAUACAUGACUAGGGUGGCUCACCCUAGUCACAUAUAGUCAUUUUGAUAGAUUAAUGAAAUGAUCUUAUCUUUUUGUCA